AUGUCCAAAUGGGCCCACCGCAACAGCUCAGGCACAUGGUCGUGCGCAUACCCCGGAUGCACAUCCCAAUCGCGCUUCAAACGAGGCUGCGACGUCCGCAAACACUACAAACGACACACGAAAUCGUUCUACUGUCGUCACCAAGGCUGUCCGCAAGCGGUGGAAGGAGGGUUUUCGAGUAAGAAAGAUCGCGCUCGGCAUGAGGGGAAGCAUAAUCCGGUGAUUGUGUGUGAGUGGGAGGGCUGUGGGAGACUGUUUAGUCGGCAGGAUAAUAUGAAGGAUCAUGUCAGGCGACUUCACAAGCGUCGCGUACAAUGA